CAGAUGGUUGAAGAUAAAGGACAAAAGCAAGAAGUUUAUUUUUGUAGAAUGUAGAAUAGUUAUUAGUUAACAGUACCAAAUAUUAAAGAGAAUUAAAAAUAUUGAAGACUAUAUAAAUAGUGAUAAAUCAUGCCAAAGCCAAUUUUAAUAAAACAUGUUUAAUUUCAACGCCUUGAAAUCUUUUUAUAAUUGGUUAAUUUUCUGAUUUUAUAAGAAAUAGGAUAAGAUGUAAGUACAGUACACAUCAGCUCUAUUCAGAUAAAAAUGUAUAGCUAAACCCAGUUUAGAAGAAUAGUGAGAUUAUCCAGUGCUAAUAUAUAAUAAAAUAUCAAUCAUAAUAGAUGUCCAGAUGACUGUCUUGUACCAAACAAAAAUGAGUGAAAGUGAUAAAGAUGAAAUAGACCGAAUUCCCUCGAAAGAUAGGGUUACAAACUGGGAUAUAGCUGGUUUUAUAAUUUCUAUUAUAAGUCAUAUUGUGGAUGUAUUUUUUGAUUGUAAUUUAGCUUAUCGGUAUUAUAUGAUUAAUGAAAGUUAUUUUGUUGCAACAUUAGCUUUUAUUAUAAUACCUGCUAUAAUAAAUACAGCAUUUAGUUUAAGAAUGUAUGUUCUGGACCAUGAAAAUCAAAAUAAAAGUACAACCCUUACUAAGAGAUUUACAAAGAGAAGAAUCUGUUGUGUUAUCGUCCUUUUGUUUCAAUUAGCUCCGAUCUUAAGAUAUUUUGAUGCAUUGUUGUAUGCUAUAAAAUCAAAGAAAGCUGAAAAAAAGAAAGACAUUGAAAAUCAGAGGAAAUAUUAUGAACUUAUGGUGAAAGAAGAUUCAGAUGUUGCCCUAUUACGUGUGCUAGAGUGUUUUUUGGAGGCGGCUCCACAACAAAUACUACAGAUUAGUAUUAUAUUUUAUAAUCAUGGAAGAGAUAUAGGAUCAAACACUUUUACACUGGUUCAUCAGUUACUAUCAAUUGGAAGUUCCUUUGUUAGUAUGGCAUGGUCCAUGGCUUCAUAUCAAAGGUUAUUAAGAGUUUCAUUAAGAAAUAAGGAAAAUAUUACUUGGGCCGCAACUAUAGUACAGUUCAUGUGGCACUUCCUAGUUACAGUAUCAAGAAUUUUAUGCAUAAGUGUCCUUGCUUCUAUAUAUCCGAAAUAUACAGGAUAUACAAUACUUGGUUUAUUGCUCCAUUGGAUGGUAAUGACUAUAUGGUUAUCAAGUACUUGUGCCAAAAACAACUUUUGUGAUCACAAUCGACUGUACGACUUCCUUUUCUAUGCGAUUUUUGGAGCUGUUUACAUUUUUACUCAAGUAGUGCUAGUUGAAGGACCAACUUGUUUGAAAUAUUGUAUUUUUUAUGGUAUUCUAUUUAUGGAAAAUACUAUAGCUAAUGUCCUUUGGAUUCUUUAUGAUGAUAAAGAUGUACAAAAUUUGGUUUAUUAUUGGCCAAUUGUGUAUUUAAAUGUGAUACCAUUUAUAUUUGGUAUAUUCUUUAUGGUGCUGUAUUAUAAAGUGUUCCACCCAACCAUAGGCUGUGUAAGGAACCAAGAGAUUAACAGUUAACAUAAAUGUAAAAUAGAUCAAUUAUAUUAUUUAUUUAAUUUAUUUUAUACUGAUUUAUUG